AUGGUACACACAACAAUGUUGGAUUUGGCUUUAUUUGUUAUUUUUGUGCAUGGAUGCACUUCACGUCCUACUGAAAACUUAGGAGACAUUGCUUCCCCAGCAGAGAAUCCAAGCCAAAUAAGAUCUGAGGCACUCAGAAGGUUGUUGAAAGUUUUUGGAAUUGAUGACCCCCCACAUUAUCUACAUCAUGUUAAGCAACCACCUCAAUACAUGAUUGAUCUUUAUAAUACCAUUGCUGAUGCGGACGGUGUUACUAAGGAUCCCGAUCUUCUAGAGGGAAACACAGUUAGAAGUUUCUUUGACAAAGUUCACAGUGACCAGUUGCAUUUUCUGUUCAACCUUUCGACUGUGACUAAAAAUGAGAAAAUUUUAACGGCUGAACUACAUCUCUUCAAACUUAAACCAAGGCCUACAGAUUACUCACAUUUCAAAAGGCAUCAUUUCUGCCAGAUAAAUGUAUAUCUUGUUUUGGAUAAGAAUAAAAUGCACUUGUCACAAGGAAGGAAACAGCUGUCAUCAAAACUUGUCCCUAUUCAUUCCUCAGGAUGGGAAGUAUUUUCCAUCACACAAGCUGUUCACACUUGGAAUGACGUAAGCAACAAUCAGGGUAUCCUUGUAACAGUGAGAAAUCUGGGAGGAGGACAACCUGAUGCUAAUAUUAUCCGGUUUGCCUCAGGAAAGGACCACCAUGAAAGUAAACAACCCAUGCUUGUUCUUUUCACUGAUGAUGGAAGAAGAGGAGUUGUUUCAUUUAGCAACCAACCAGAUAACAAUCAAUUGUCAAUACCCAAUGAACCUUAUGCCUCAGCGCCAAAUAGAACCAGGAUGGCUAGAGCGUUACAGGAUGAUGGACAUGCGCCCUGCCAGAGGCAUCCGCUCUAUGUAGAUUUUGAGGAGAUUGGGUGGUCUGGAUGGAUAAUCUCUCCAAGAGGAUACAACGCUUAUCAUUGUAAGGGAUUGUGUCCAUUUCCACUAGGAGAAAACAUGCGGCCCACCAACCAUGCAACAGUACAGUCUAUAAUUAAUGCACUCAGACUAACACAAGGUGUUAACAGUCCAUGCUGUGUUCCUGACAAACUUUUCUCUAUUAACUUGCUUUACUUUGAUGAUGAUGAAAACGUUGUUUUAAAACAGUAUGAUGAUAUGGUGGCUGGUAGCUGUGGAUGCCACUGAAGAGUAAAUAUAUAAAUAACUGUACAUUUGUAGCAAUAAC